GAGAAAGAAAAAACACACGGGGGGAGAUAACGGUUUUAGGAGAGUUUAGGAAGAGCGCAUACACAGAUAUUAUGCUGCACCGGAGGGAGGCAGGGACACUGGUUAUAACGCGGAGCUGCUCGCUAUGCCAGGUCUCGGAAGGUUUUAGGAGACGACAUGUCGCCGCUCUAGGUGAUAUUAAAAAUUAGCACAGGCAUUUGUUUGUUUUAUUCUAGCGAGGAGGCUUGUUUUUACAUGCUGUCCGUCUAAAUUGGAUACCGAAGGGGGCGGGAGCGCGAGCAACAAGUGGAGUUUGGCGUGGAGAGGCCGAUAAUCUUCACCAUCACCAGUAAUGGAAGAGCGAAAAGAGCCAAACAGCAGCCGGGACUCUACCGAGGAGGAGAGCAUGUCCCUGUCCCCAAACCUCCCAUCCCCUCCCAUGAUUUUACCGCACCAGGCCGCGCAGCAGGCCCACAGAACCACGAACUUUUUCAUAGACAACAUCCUCCGGCCGGACUUCGGCUGCAGAAAGGAGCCGAGCUACCGCGACCGGACGCCGGGCAGAGAAAACGUCAACCCGCUAGGAGCGAGGCCGCCGCACACCGGCAGCCUCUGCCUGGACUCCAACUGCAGCAGCGACAGCGCCUCUUCGUCGCCCUCCUCCUCGUCCUCCACGUCCUCCUCGCCUUCGUCCAAGCAGAACUCGUUGAAACAGGGCGAACCGGCGAGCAACGGGUCCGGUAGAUACGCAGACAGCCCCUCGUCAAUUAUGGUUGUGAGUGGCAGCAAUGGAGGAUCUCCGCCCAUAACGAAAGAAAGCCAGCCGAUGUUGUGGCCAGCUUGGGUUUACUGUACACGGUACUCGGACCGUCCCUCAUCUGUUUGCACGCCAGGCCCAAGGACACGGAAACUGAAAAAGAAGAAGUGCAGCACCAAGGAGGACAAGCGGCCGCGGACUGCGUUCACGGCCGAGCAGCUGCAGAGACUGAAAACCGAGUUCCAGGCCAACCGGUACAUAACGGAGCAGCGGAGACAGGCCCUGGCCCAGGAACUCAGCCUCAACGAGUCCCAAAUCAAAAUCUGGUUCCAGAAUAAGAGGGCCAAGAUUAAAAAGGCCACCGGCUACAAGAACGGCCUGGCCCUGCAGCUCAUGGCCCAAGGACUGUACAACCAUUCAACGACCACCGUGCAGGAGGACAAGGAGGACAGUGAAUAACGGGGCCCGGACAUUCCUCUGCUGAGGGCCGCCACCUGACUCCUUUGGCUUUUGGACAUAAUGGAGAAGGGGAAAAAUGAACUGGAAGUGGGGGAGACGCUAUUUAAAAACACAGAUUUCUGUUUAUGGUAACAGUAUACGGACAUAAUUAUAUGAAUGAACGAUCGUUAUUAAAGUUUAUAUAGCCAAACAGUUAUCAUGUUGUAUACAGUAUAUUUAAUUUCGUCUCUCAUCCGGUUCCUUUCUGUCGGUCUCCUUCUUUCUAGGAUGUCUAACUGGAUCGAUAGGUUGUUGUGGUUCCCCAUAUUUGCGCCACAUGUCCCUUCAACACAUCAGUCCGCAGACUCAAAACAAGCCAAAGAUUUUAAUAUGUUCACAUGUAGUCUGAAAUAAAGAAAGAGAACGGUA